UAGAUCCCAACUCCACUAUUUUACUCUUUCAUAAUUAUCAUGAUUGAAUCAUUUAUCUUCGAUAUUGUUGAUUCACUUCUAGGCAAGCUUGCUUCGUAUGCUUAUGAACAAGCUUCUCCAGUCUAUAGUCUCUAUGAAGAUCUGCGAAGUAUCAAAGACACUUUGUCCAUUGUUAAAGGUAUGUUGUUAGACGCAGAGGAGACAAAAAUCCAAUAUCAUGGGUUCCAUGAAUGGCGGAGGCAGAUACAAAAUAUCUGCUAUGAUGCUGAAGAUGUAUUGGAAAAAUUUGAGCUCCAACACAAGCGAAAGCAAGUUCUCAAAGCUUCGUGUAGUAAUAGAAUGAAGGUACGCCACUUCUUCUGUUCCUCCAAUUCACUUGCUUUUCGUCUUAGGAUGGCAAAACAAAUUAAAGAUAUUAGGGAUAGAUUGGAUAAGGUAGCAACCGAUGGGACUAAGUUUGGACUUGCAACUAUUAAUGUUGAUCCCAGACUCAUUGUGCAAAAGAGGGAAAUGACUUAUCCUGAUGUUGAUGCUUUGAGUGUAAUAGGAAGAGAGAGUGAUAGGGAAGAGAUUAUCAAGCUUUUGAUGCAAGCACAUCCUCAUGGUGAUGGUGAUGGUGAUAAAAGUCUAUCUGUUAUUCCCAUGGUGGGAAUUGGUGGCUUGGGGAAGACCACAUUGGCAAAGCUUGUUUUCAAUGAUAAGAGAAUAGAUGAACUCUUUCAAUUGAAGAUGUGGGUGUGUGUCUCUGAUAAUUUUGACAUCAGGCAAAUAAUCAUUAAAAUCAUCAACUCUGCCGUUAAUUCAGCUUCUGCUCAUAUGAGUGGCCUUGCACUCCAAGAAAACAUCAUCAACUUAGAUAUUGUGCAACUAGUAAGUCUUCUGAAACAAACACUUUCAAGUCAAAAGUUUUUACUUGUGUUAGAUGAUGUAUGGAAUGAUGAUCGUGCAAAGUGGAUCGAGUUGAAAGAUUUGAUAAAAGUUGGCACAAGAGGAAGCAAAAUUAUGGUGACAACACGUAAUAACUCAAUUGCUUCGAUGAUGGGUAAUGUUCCCUCAUAUGUUUUGCAAGGUCUUUCUUUGAAGGAUUGUUUAUCUCUAUUUGUCAAAUGGGCAUUCAAGGAAGGCGAAGAAGAAAAAUAUCCAAAUCUAGUAGAGAUAGGAAAAGAGAUUGUGAAAAAAUGCCAAGGGGUUCCACUAGCUGUUAGAACAUUAGGAAGUUCCCUAUUCUCAAAAUUUGAUUUAAAUACAUGGAUAUUUGUAAGAGAUUCUGAGCUGUGGAAUUUAAAACAGCAAAAAGAUGAUAUUUUACCUGCACUAAAAUUGAGCUAUGACCAAAUGCCAUCCUAUUUAAGGCAAUGCUUUGCUUAUUUCUCCCUUUAUCCUAAAGAUAUUACUUUCUGUAGUUUGGAUAUUAUUGCUCUUUGGGUAGCCCUUGGAUUAGUUCAACCCCGGAACGGAAGUGAAAAACUAGAGGAUAUUGCAAGAGAAUAUAUUGAUGAGUUAAAUUCACGUUCAUUUCUUCAGGAUUUCGAAGACAAUGGCUGGAUUUGUGUAUUCAAAGUACAUGAUUUGGUACAUGAUCUUUCAUUGUAUGUUGCUAAAGCGGAGUUUCUAGUGGUAGACUCACAUAUUCAAAAUAUACCUGAGCAAGUGCGACAUUUAUCAAUUGUUGAAAAUGAUUCACUUGGCCAUACUUUAUUCCCCAAGUCAAGAAAUGUGAGAAGUAUAUUGUUUCCUAUUGAUGGAGUGGGUCUUGAUAGUGAAUCUCUUUUGUAUAAAUGGAUAUCAAGAUACAAAUUCUUGCGGCUUUUGAAUUUAAGAUAUUCUUCGUUUGAGUAUCUACCAAAUUCAAUUGCUAAAUUAGAGCACAUGUGUUUUCUUGAUCUUUCUUAUAGCAAAAAAAUCAAAAGACUUCCCAAUUCAAUUUGCAAACUCCUAAAUUUGCAAGUUUUGCUUUUGACCGGAUGCACAGAGCUUGAAGAAAUGCCUAAAGGAUUAGGGAAGUUGAUUAGCCUACGGCAACUAAUGAUAACGACAAAACAAUCUGUCCUUUUAGAUAAUGAAUUUGCAAGCUUGAACAAUCUUCAUACUUUGGGUUUUCAUUUUUGUGACAAUUUGAAGUAUUUAUUCAGCAGGGAACAAACACAAUUCACUUCCCUUGAAACAUUGGCUCUUCACUCAUGUAAGAGCUUUGACUCCUUGACUCUUGAUAAUUUUCCUAAAUUACAAAAUCUAUUCAUUAGAGGUUGUGAAAAAUUAAACUUGUCGUUGAAGAACGACAGUGCAAUCCAAAGGUUGAAGAUGAAACAUUUGUAUAUUUGGGAAUUUCCAAGUUUUCUAACAUUGCCUCGAUGGGUUUUAAGUGUUGCAGACAUUUUAGAGACCUUAGUAAUUUAUAAUUUUCCAAAUCUUGAGAUGCUUCCUGAGUGUCUAACAACAAUGUCUCAUCUUAAAAGGCUCCAUAUUGGUAAUUGUCCUAAUCUGUUGAAUCUUCCAAGUGACAUGCUUCGACUCACUACCAUCGAAAAAUUGUACAUAGAAGGCUGUCCUGAAUUGUGUAGAAAAUGUCAGCCACAAGCCGGUGAGUACUGGCCUAUGAUUGCACACAUCAAGCAUGUUUUCAUUCAAGAACCAAGAGGAUAG